AUGACGUUGCCACGACUAGAGCUGCAAGCGGCAGUUUUGCUAGCCGAUCUCUACGUGAGAAUCAAGGACGUCUUCGGCUCCCGUGUCGACGAAACACAUUGGUGGUCCGACUCGCAGGUAGCACUAACCUGGAUCCGUUCGGACAACUCUCGGUGGGACGUCUUCGUGAAGAACCGAGUUGCCAAAGUCCAGACGGCUACCGCGACCACCGACUGGCAUUACGUGCCUACCAAGCUCAACCCGGCCGAUAUCGUUUCCCGAGGGAUCUCGGCAAGAAGGUUGAUCCGUCCAGAAGUUAUGACGUUCUGGCUGAACGGUCCAUCAUUCGUUCAAGCGGGAUGCCACGGAAUGCUUGAGCUAAGCCCUUCCACUGAUCUCGCAGUGUUGGGUGCAGUGGCUCCGCAAGCUCCCGUGCUACUAGCCACCGUCGGGCCUGAUUGCGACGACUUGAUCGCGCAAUACCCGCACCAUUGUUCCUUGGGAAAGACGCGCCGUCACUUCGCCUGGCUCGGACGUGCGGUCAACAAUUUUAAGGCAAAAUCGGCCUUGCUACGUGCAAAAGAUCCUGGCCUUUCCGCGAUACAUGGCCCCAUGACGCUCGCCGCCCAAGAAGUUGGGCUGCGAUUCAUCUUGCUACGGAUGCAGACGACGGUCCAUCCGAAUGAAGUGCGAGAGAUGCAACUGACGGGCCACAUCACGCCAACGAGUCGCCUUCAGCACCUCAACCCGAUCUGCGUGAAUGGGGUGAUCCACGUACAAGGGCGGCUGCAGAAUGCCGAACUUGCGGAAGAGGCGCGCCUGCCCAUCCUCGUCCCGAAGUCCCACCCCUUCUCACGGGUGAUGAUCCGGGACAUCCACGAAAGGAACCACCACGCAGGCGUCGCCCUGGUGAUAGCGGAAUUCAGGACUCGCUACUGGAUGCGUGACCUCAGACGAACAGUGGCGGGGGAGCUCUCGCGAUGCGUCACGUGCGUCAAGGCUCGCCCUCGCCAAUUCACGCAGCAAAUGGGCUCUCUGCCGGUGCCUCGGGUGAACCCGUCGCCCCCGUUCACGCAUACCGGCAUCGACCUAUGCGGGCCAUUUGUUGUAGCAUCUGGGAUGAAGGGCAAUCGCAACAUCGAUGUCUACGUGUGCAUCUUUGUACGCUUUGCCACCAAGGCUGUGCACCUUGAGGUGGUGGAAGACCAAUCCACGCAAGCCUUCAUCUCCGGCCUCAUGCGCUUCGUGUCACUGCGUGGUAGGCCAAAUGUUAUUUACUGCGACAACGGUCGCAACUUCGUGGGUGCCGCUCGGGAACUGCACCGACUCCGUGACGUUUUCAACGAUGCCCAGUUCCAGCACCACGUCGUCGAACUGGCCGCCGAUGAGGGAAUCUGCUUUUCCUUCAUCCCUCCUCGCAGCCCCAACUUCGGUGGGUUGUGGGAGGCCAACAUCAAGGUGGCUAAGCGACUGCUGAAGGCGGCCUCCCGUGGCGCGCGAUUGAGGCUGAUCGAGAUGCAGACGUUCAUGCACCAGAUCUCAGCGAUCCUUAAUUCGCGGCCGCUCACAGCAAUACGUACAUCGCCCGAGGACGUCGAGGCCCUCACGCCGGCCCACUUCCUCAUCGGGCGUUCUUCCUUCAACACCCCGGCCACGUUGAAGGACGACGAGACGGAGCCCCUCCAUACACGGUGGAAGCGGGUUCAACGGAUGGCCCAGCAUUUCUGGACUCGUUGGCGGUCGGAGUACUUGGCGCACCUGCGAUGCGCAGCCAAAUCGACGCGGAAGAUGCCCAACGCCGAGAAGGGACAGAUCGUGCUCAUCGGAGACGACAACCUUCCAGUGUCUCGGUGGCCGUUGGGCGUCAUCACCCAAGUCCACCCGGGCCCGGACGGGGCCAUUCGGGUGGCUGACGUGAAGACCGGCAGCAGGGUGUACCGGCGGAACGUCCGCUUGCUCGCCCCCCUGCCUGUAGCUGCCAACCCCAGCUCUCCAGACGACGCCGCUACGUGCAGCCAAGCGGCUGACGAACCAUCUAAGAAGGAUGUCAACGCUGCGUGCGAUGGGGUGGCGGACGAGCCACCCCGCCCGGGGAAUGCUGCUACGUGCGAUGCUGCCUCGGGGGAACCGCCUGCUACCGUGACGGCGGAUCCUGAUGACGACCCCCCACAAACGGGAAUUUGGGACGGACGCCUCCGUCCCAAAGGGGGGAGGAUGGUUUAG